AUGGCGGAUUUCCAAUCCGAGGUCCCAGCACCUUUUUAUGCUAGAAAAUUCCAGAAUGGGCCUGUGGUUGAAGCAUGGCGAAGGUUUUGGCCUCGUGGGCGAUGGAACCAAGCUGCCGGUAAGGGCUAUCGCUGCGUUUUGGAAGCUGGAUCCCGCGACUCUGUGUAUUGGCGACGAUGUGCUGCUCGCGGAUGCAACUGGAACCUCCAUCUUCGACGUGGAAUCCAUCCGGCAGACGGCAGUCAGGAGUGGCCUGGGCGAUGGCAGCUCCAAAGACGCAGCCAUCAUCGCUCAAGAAGAAGAAGAAAUACAAAUACCAAAUUGGGCAGAGAUGAGCCGCAAGCGGCUCGAGGCAUCGCGGCAGCUGGACGAAGAGUUCCGCCAGGUGUUCUUCAAGGCCGAGGGAGCUAUCCACGCUUACCACAACCGGGUAAGGGAAGCAGCCGACGAUAUCCGGGCAAGUGGUUCUAUCGCGUGGGUCGCCAGGAUGACGAAGAGCUCGACGCCACAAACAGGUGUGGAAUGGUGACGCUGGUGAGGCCGGAUGGAACUUGCGUCACGAGCUACGCUUGCAUGAAGAAGAAGGCGGAGGAGGAAUCCGAUGGCAAGCGCUACGUUGUGUGCGUGGACGGGAGGCGAUACGAGUGCGUGUCAGAGGUGGCGGGUGGAGUGGGAGUUUUAACUCCCGCGCAGGGAUGCUCCCAGAGCUUCUCGGCCUGCGCGGUGGUGGCGCCGAUGCCAGGGCCGUGGCUGACGGUGGUGUCGGCGUCGUGGGACCAUGACGGGAACAAGAAGCCGCUGCUCGUGGCCGGAACAUCGGUGGGAGGCGAUGGCGGACGAUUUGAGGAUCUCUUGGAGUACGAGACGAGCUGUCAAUUCCCUCCUUACCGUCAUAUCAUGCUGUCAUGCGACGGGGCAAAGAUCGAGUGUGGAGCGCCAGUGAUGACUCCCAGGGGUAGCUUGACGGGCGUGGUGGUGGGAUUUGGGAAGCUCAGGAAUGACAAGAGGAGGUCCAAGAAACUAAAGCCGCCAUACAAUUUUCCCAUCACCAAGGGAGACUUUGGGCGCUUCUUUAAAGGAGUGCCGGAAUCCAUCGCCGAAGAUUGCAGGGCCGGGGUGGAGGUGAAUUGCAUGUACUACAAUACCGUCGAAGGCAAGAUUGGCUUCCCAGCUAUUGAAUGGAGGCACAAGAACUACUUCAAAGCAGAUGGUACAAUUGUUCGGUUAAGCUGCCUGGAACACCGUGAUCGAAUCCUUCGCCCUCGCGGGAUUGGUAGACGCGCUCGAUAGGGAUCAAGCCCGAUGGAUCCACGCUUUAGGACUCAAUUCUUCCUGGGGAUUCGGCCUCGAUCCGGGAAAAGAACACUAUAGCUGCCUUGUAUUCCAUGGCGGCUGGAUUGGAGGGAGCGGCGGAGAAUGUGGUGCCCCGGAGUGGAGCGCCAUACGUGAUCUUGUCGAGCGCCAUCGCCGUGGAAUCCUUGAGACAAUAGGAUAUACUGCAUUUUCAUAAAACAAUUGUCACAUUUGGAGAUUAUUCUAUUCUUGACAUUGUCCAUACCUUCAAAA